AUGGAGCAGCCCUGGAUGUAUGGGAAUGAGAUGCUGGAGGGCAGUAGUAUUGAACAGGGGGUCGUAGUUGUUGGGAGCUCGGACCAGGCGACCCGCCGUAGCCGUUCCAGCCCGCCGCGUUUCCUGACUCUGUGCCUGCGGCGGGAGCAGAGCCCUUCCCGCGGCAUUCCCGGGUCACGGCCGUCACCGCCCGCCACGGCCGCCCCCUCCCUCAGCCAGCCCGAGCCACAGCAGCAUGACGUCACCCCCGCGCGCAGGGCGCAGGCUGGGCGCAGCGCGGGUGGCAUCGCCCCGGCUGGGCUGAGCCUCGGCCGCGAUGUCCUGCGCUCGCUCCGGAGCCGCGCUGCGUGUGUCAACUCCAGCCCGGCGUUCGGGACACACCGGCGCUCUUCAGGACGGAUUUGGGAGAGACGGCGAGGACCGGUCAUUGUGCGCUGUUUUUUCCCCCCUCCUCCCUCUGAUUCUGAAUCCUCGCCCUGCGUAGACAAUCGGCUGAGCAGUGCCCGUUGCGGGGAGCGGGGUCCGGUCCCGGCUCGGUCCCGGCCCGGUCCCGGCCCGGUCCCUGCGGGCUCCGCUGCGCCAGGGCUGCCGGAUCAGCCCGGCAUGAUGUCAUCGCCGCCCCUCCGCCGCAGCCUGGGGAUGCUGCCGGCUCACUUUGUUCUCGGCUGCCUCUCCGAGCCCUGCUUCGGCUGCUCGGCCUUCACACCGCUGUUGAUACGGCGUUUUCUGCGCGCUUGGCGGCGAGGGGUCAGCUCGGGGAUUGAUGCUUGGUCUGCUUUAUGCCAGUAUAUACAGGCCUCUAAAACCCAAGAUGGUGGCAGCCGUUUCAUUUCAAGUGCAACAGAAGGGGAAAACUUUGAGCAGACUCCGUUAAGACGCACAUUUAAAUCCAAAGUUCUUGCUCGCUAUCCUGAGAAUGUUGAAUGGAACCCUUUUGAUCAGGAUGCAGUGGGAAUGCUGUGUAUGCCUAAAGGGCUUGCUUUCAAGACACAAGCAGAUUCCAGAGAACCUCAGUUCCACUCUUUUAUUAUUACUCGUGAAGAUGGCUCGCGGACAUUUGGAUUUUCUCUCACGUUUUUUGAGGAAGUCACUAGCAAACAGAUCUGCAGUGCAAUGCAGACGUUGUAUCAUAUGCACAAUGCUGAAUAUGACAUUCUCCAUACUCCACCCACCAAUGACAAGGAGAGCUGCAGCAGCACUGGGGACUGCAAUGGCACCUCUGUCUCAAAGCUACAGCGAUUUAACUCCUAUGACAUCAGCAGAGACACGCUCUAUGUCUCAAAGUGCAUUUGUCUGAUUACGCCAAUGUCUUUCAUGAAAGCUUGUAAGAAAGUUCUAGAGCAACUUCACCAAGCAGUGACUUCACCUCAGCCACCACCACUACCUUUAGAAAGCUACAUCUACAAUAUUCUCUAUGAGGUUCCUCUUCCUCCAGCAGGAAGGUCGUUGAAAUUUUCAGGUGUUUAUGGACCAAUUAUCUGCCAGAGGCCAAGCACCAGUGAACUGCCAUUGUUUGAUUUUCCAGUUAAAGAAGUUUUUGAAUUGCUUGGAGUAGAAAAUGUGGUUCAGCUCUUUACCUGUGCCCUUUUGGAGUUUCAGAUACUGCUUUAUUCACAGCAUUAUCAGAGGCUGAUGACAGUGGCAGAGACCAUCACAGCACUUAUGUUUCCAUUUCAGUGGCAGCAUGUGUAUGUUCCUAUCCUUCCAGCAUCCCUCCUUCAUUUUCUGGAUGCUCCUGUCCCUUACCUCAUGGGCUUGCACUCUAAUGGACUGGAUGAUAGGUCUAAAUUGGAACUUCCUCAAGAGGCUAACCUGUGCUUUGUGGAUGUAGACAACCAUUUCAUCGAGCUGCCAGAAGACCUACCCCAGUUUCCAAAUAAGCUUGAGUUCAUUCAGGAAAUUUCAGAGAUACUGAUGGCUUUUGGAAUUCCACCUGAGGGAAACCUGCACUGCAGUGAAAGUGCCUCCAAGAUGAAGAGCCUCAGAGCAUGUGACCUGGUUUCUGAUAAAAGAAAUGGGAACAUAGCAGGAUCACCUCUGAAUUCCUAUGAGCUGCUAAAGGAAAAUGAGACUAUUGCAAGACUCCAAGCACUUGUUAAAAGAACAGGUGUGAGUCUAGAAAAGCUGGAGGUGCGAGAGGAGACCAGUAGCAAAAAGGAUCUUAAAAUUCAGUGUGAUGAAGAAGAAUUCAAGAUUUACCAGCUGAACAUUCAGAUUCGGGAAGUUUUUGCCAACCGCUUCACACAAAUGUUUGCAGAUUAUGAAGUGUUUGUCAUUCAGCCCAGUCAGGACAAGGAAUCCUGGUUUACAAACAGAGAACAGAUGCAAAACUUUGAUAAAGCUUCUUUCUUGUCUGACCAGCCUGAACCUUACUUGCCUUUCCUCUCGAGAUUCCUGGAGACCCAAAUGUUUGCAUCCUUUAUUGACAAUAAGAUUAUGUGCCACGAUGAAGAUGACAAAGACCCUGUUUUGAGAGUUUUUGAUUCUAGGGUGGAUAAAAUUAGGCUGCUGAACGUCAGGACACCGACUCUGCGCACAUCUAUGUACCAAAAGUGCACAACCAUUGAUGAGGCUGAGAAAUCUAUAGAAUUAAGGCUGGCAAAAAUAGAUCACACUGCAGUUCACCCACACUUGCUGGACAUGAAAAUUGGACAAGGGAAAUACGAGCUUGGAUUUUUUCCUAAGCUUCAGUCUGAUGUUUUAUCCACUGGCCCAGCAAGCAACAAGUGGACAAAGAGGAAUGCUCCUGCUCAGUGGAGGCGGAAGGACAGACAGAAGCAGCACACGGAGCACCUACGUCUGGACAAUGACCAGAGAGAGAAAUACAUCCAAGAAGCCAGGAAUCUGGGCAGCACCAUUCGGCAGCCCAAACUCUCUAACCUCUCUCCAUCAGUAAUUGCACAAACAAACUGGAAGUUUGUGGAAGGCUUGUUGAAGGAAUGCCGAAAUAAGACUAAGAGGAUGUUGGUUGAGAAAAUGGGUCGAGAAGCUGUGGAGCUUGGUCAUGGUGAAGUGAAUAUCACAGGAGUGGAAGAGAACACCCUGAUAGCCAGUCUGUGUGACCUUUUGGAAAGAAUAUGGAGCCACGGUCUGCAAGUCAAACAGGAUAGAAGCUGUACUGCUUUCGUCUUAGAAGACAGAGCAUCAGCAUACUCUUCUUCAACCCAGGUUUGGGCCUUUCAGACCACCAGACGGCCAACCCUUCAUAAGGGAAAGUCUGCUUUGUGGUCUCAUCUGUUACAUUACCUAGAAAACAGACAAAGAAGAACCACAUCAGGCAGCUUCAGUACCUCAGGAAUACUUCUUGAUUCAGAAAGACGGAAGUCUGAUACGAGUCCAGCCAUGUCACCUCUCAGAAUCUCUCUCGUCCAGGAUAUGAGGCAUAUCCAGAACAUAAGUGAGAUCAAAACAGAUGUUGGCAAGGCCAGAGCCUGGGUUCGCCUCUCUAUGGAAAAGAAGUUGCUUUCUAGGCACCUGAAACAGUUGCUUUCAGAUCAUGAACUCACCAAAAAACUCUACAAGCGCUACGCGUUCCUCCGCUGCGAUGAUGAGAAAGAACAAUUCUUGUAUCAUCUCCUGUCAUUCAAUGCUGUUGAUUACUUUUGCUUUACCAAUGUUUUCACAACAAUCUUGAUCCCAUACCAUAUAUUGAUUGUUCCCAGCAAGAAACUCGGUGGCUCAAUGUUCACAGCCAAUCCUUGGAUCUGUAUUUCGGGAGAACUGGGUGAAACAGGAGUCCUGCAGAUUCCCAGGAAUAUAUUGGAAAUGACUUUUGAGUGCCAGAACCUGGGAAAACUGACCACAGUGCAAAUAGGACAUGAUAAUUCAGGGCUGUAUGCCAAGUGGCUUGUGGAAUAUGUUAUGGUCAGAAAUGAAAUAACAGGGCAUACUUACAAGUUUCCCUGUGGAAGGUGGCUUGGGAAGGGGAUGGAUGAUGGCAGCUUGGAGAGGAUCCUGGUGGGAGAGUUGCUGACCUGCCACACUGAGGCUGACGAGCGGCAGUGCCGAACCCCUCCCCUGCAGCAGUCUCCAAGCAUGAUCAGGAGAUUUGUCACUAUCUCACCUAAUAAUAAGCCAAAGUUGAAUACUGGUCAGAUCCAAGAAGCUAUUGGUGAAGCUGUUAAUGGUAUUGUCAAGCAUUUCCACAAGCCAGAGAAGGAGAGAGGCAGCCUGACCCUGCUGCUGUGUGGAGAAAGUGGGCUUGUUUCAGCUCUCGAGCAAGUGUUCCAGCACGGGUUUAAAUCACCGAGACUCUUCAAGAACGUCUUCAUUUGGGAUUUUUUAGAAAAAGCACAAACAUACUAUGAGACCCUUGAGCAGAACGAGAUGGUCCCAGAAGAGAACUGGCAGACAAGGGCCAGGAAUUUCUGUCGCUUUAUCACUGCUAUCAACAACACCCCUAGAAACAUUGGGAAGGAUGGCAAGUUUCAGAUGCUGGUGUGUCUUGGAGCCAGAGACCACCUUUUGCACCACUGGAUUGCCCUGCUGGCAGACUGCCCCAUUACAGCCCAGAUGUAUGAGGACAUAGCCCUGAUUAAGGAUCACACGCUGGUGAAUUCUUUGAUUCGGGUGCUGCAGACCUUGCAGGAGUUCAACAUCACCCUGGAAGCAUCUCUUGUCAAAGGAAUCGACAUCUGACCUCCUGUCCCACAGGAAAAACUGUCUUUACAAACACAAAAAAAGCAACAAGGAGUGAAACUCGUUAGUAUGCAAAAGUUCUGUCUUGCCAGUACAUUGUAUCAUGAACUUGUUCAUGGCCCAAAAAUGCAACUUUGACUUUUCUUGAAGGAAACUCCAGAAAUAGUACAGGCAAAUGGAUAGAAGCUGUAAACUCAAUGUAAAAAAGAGGAUUUUGGUAUAAAUCUAUUUUAGAGUUUAUUUGCCGAUUUGCUUUUUACACACUUUCAUGUGAAAGAGAUAGAGAUGAGUAUUGUGCAGCUUAUUUUAAAGCUGCAGUAUUUCCUUGCCAUAGAAAAUGUGCAGUGAGCCUUUCAGCAUUCUGUGAACUUGCCUUCAGAUAUGCUGUAUGUCAUAGACCCCAGUGUAUACACUCCAUUUCUGCUGAGAAGGUCAUUCUAUAGUUUUUAAACUAAUAUUUUAUAUAUUAACAUUAUUACCAAUGUUUGAUUUUUAAGGUGUUGGGUCAUGUUCUGCUGCAAGGGAACUACAGAUCUGAUCUGUGCUUUUUUUAAUAGCUCCAAAGCACUGAUAUGUCAACAAUUAUUUUUUCCUUUAUUUUUGUUGUCAGUAUUAUUUUUAGUGAAAUCCAGGAGACUGAACCGUGAAAUGUCCAGAGAUCAAAGUAAUAUUUUUCAUAUUGGUACGUAAUUGCACAGAAGAAGAAAUUAAGGCUGUUUUUUAACUGAUGUUUUUUAUUUAUUUAACCUAUCAUUGUGUUUUGUAAGUUUGUCUUUAAAAAAAAAAAAUCUUCUAUUAUACAACUGGCUAUAUUAUUUUGCAAUUCAGAAUUUACAGUGUAGCCCACUUAAAUGAAAAACCUGGAAUAGUUAUUCAUAACAAAAGAACAUUUCCACUGAAAGCAGCCUUUUGAAGCUUGGUAUAUGGUUGCUGCUGGUAAUUCUCUUAACUGCUAAUAAAGAGGGACACAAGUUCCCCAGAUGCCAGAGGACUAAAUAAAGAUCUUUAUGCCCCAUCUGAAAUAAUAACAGUAUACCUUACUAACAAGUAUAAGGAUUAUUAAUGUUUCUGAAAAGACAGUGGUAUUUUUUCUUUUCCUUUUGAGUGCAGUUGUCUUGGAUCCUGUUGUCACAGUCUGCUUCAUUUGGGAUGCUUUUGUUUUUAGCAACAAAAGUUUAGUCCAUUUCUACUAUGAAACACAAACAUUUUGAAAGCUUAAUUUAUUGGAGAUCUGGAACUUGGCAAAUGCCUAAAGGCAUCUCUGUUCAUUUGAAUCCUCUGAUAAAAAUCUCUUUGAAAUGAAUAUGUGACUUAGGAACAGGCUGAUUUAUCAGCAUCACAAAUUACUGCACAGAAGUUCAGGGCUGUGUAUUUAAGAGGUCUCCACUGUAUAAACUUAUCUCAGUAUUGUCUCUCUUUGGAGAAGCAGAGUCCAAGUUUUUUGGUUCAUACAAUGUUGUAGCACUUUUACUUUACCUACAGCUUAGUCACAUCUUGUGAUAGUUUUAUUUCCAUAAUUUAUGAAUAUAGAACAUGUAUUAAAUUUUUGACUAUUUUUACUUUUGUCCUAUUUAUUUCAUUAUUAAACUGAGAAGUUCCUUUGUCACUACUUAUCAGAGCAAGAUUCUUCUUUGAUUUCACAGUAGCAUUAGGGAGAUGUGAAGGCAAUGUCUGAGCCACUCCUCACAUGGGGUGGGUGUGAAUUCUUUCACAGCUUACAGGAGUAUUCCUGUGCAGGUUUGGUUUUGCUGGUUUUCUUUUUGUUUUUUGUUUUCUUCCAGCGCUGGAAGAGCAAAAAUAAAAAAAACAAACAGUUGUACUGCAUUCUAAGAAUUUCAUGUAUUCAACUUAAUAUGUUGGGAUAGUCUUUUUACACCUGCCCUAAAUUGUUUAUGCAUUAAUAAUAGCAAAAAAAAUUGUUUUGUUUUGGGGUUUUUUUGUUCAUUUGUUUUCUCUUGUUGUUGCUGUUUUUAUUUCAGUUUAUCUUGAAAAUGACUUUACUAAGCCUGUAUAUUUCACAGGGAAUAUUAAGUAAGAAAGGUUCUUUAUUUUGACCUUAACAGAUGAGUUGAUCCUGUUAAAGCUGUAUAUCUCAUAGUAUCAAGGGUGGAUUAAUUUUAUCUUGCAUGAGGUAAUUACCCUGAACUAAGGUUCUUUUUUUAUCUUUUUUUUGGUUUUUUUGUUUGUUUUCCUUACACACGUUUACCUAGAGAGACAUGAUACCAUUGGCUUAGUGGCAGUUUUGGUGUGGAUUGUUUUGCCCUCAUUGGGGCAGUUUGGGAUCUGGGAUGGGCAGAGGCUGGGAUUUGGUGUUGGCCAGGGGUGGCUC